AUGUCUCUCUCUCUUUUGGUCGCUUUCGUCGCGAAAAAACGGAAAGGCUUUGUCGAUUGUGUCGCUCGUUCUCGCGAAUGUCGCACCGCGACACGCCCGCGUCGUUCCCGACACGUUUGUUUCUUUCGUACUCACAACACGUGUGUCCUCAAAUACUUAAUUGAAAACAACAUUUUAAACAGAAACGCGCGAAGCUCUGAUUUGCUGGAGUUGUUACGAGAGGCACCGAGGGAGGCGUACUCGUUGCAACAACCCGGGUGGCCUUCGGAGUUGAGGAAUUUGACGAAAGCGCCGUUGCCAAAAAUCGUCUUGGAGAGGUACGAGACUCGCGAGUCGGUGUGCUUUUGCGGGUGCUUUCCGGAGAUAUCCAGGGCGUGGGCGACUGUGGAUGAUUCUUUGUUCUUGUGGCGGUUUGACGUGGACGACGACGUGCCGAUUGAGUUGACGGAGGAGUUUAACGGGCAACCGAUUGUGUGCGUCGGGUUAGCGGAUCCCAGGGAAGGGGUUUUUAUAAGUCAGAUUGCGAAGAUUUUAGUCGUGUGCACGACGGUGGAGAUAAAGAUGUUAGGGAUAGUUUCAGACGUGAGUCACGUCACUGCGAGUAAGGAGGAUACGAAUACGAAUGGAAAAAGUGACAGAAGAGAUGCACUAAAUGGCUCUCGAGGGAAGAAGAAGAAAAUCGCGUUUGACGUAAACGCGCCUUUGUUGAUUCGCGACACGACGUUUUCGUGCCCGACGGAUGCGAUCGUGUUUAAUCAAAUUUGCGGAUGUUCGAGAACAGGAAGGAUUUUCUUAGCAGGGAACGAUUCGCACGCGUACGAGCUGAAGUAUCACGGUGGCGGUGGCGGUGACAUGACGCUAGCUUCGAACGGAGGGGGGUCGAGUAGCUCUUUUUUCAGCCGAGGCCAGCCGAGGGUGAGAAAAGUUAAAUUUUCAUCAUCUGGGUUUUCGUAUUACAUCCCGAAUUCGUUGAACGUGUUCAGCGUCGAAGACCCGUUGUUGCAAAUCUUAUGCGACGAGGAGCGGAAUAUUUUAUACACCCGCUCGCAAAACGGCGCCGUGCGAGUGUACGAUUUAGGCGCCAAGGGAAUGGACGCACCUAGACGCGUCGUCGAGGUGAAUGAUAUCGCGCAACUCGCUGGAAGAGGAAUAUCGAGUGGCAGUAGUUAUUACGGGAACGGUUCGAGACGAUCGAUGUAUAAUGGGGGUGGAAAUUCGAUGUUUGAAAACCGAUCCCCGUCGUACGGCGGUUCUCGAGGCGGGUACGGCUCUCCUCGAUACGGCGAUUACAGGAGUCCGUCUUCGAGUGGGCGGUACGGCCAAGGUUCGCAAACAACAGAGGCGAAGAAGAAAGCAGGAAAGCUGGUGCACAUUGCCAUCGUUUCCACUCAGGAAUCCGCGAGCGUGACUUUAGUAGGCGUGUGCGCCGACGGGCGACGCGUGUAUUUGACCGCGUUGCCGUCGCCGUCGAGCUACGGAAGUUAUUACCCAUCGUCGUAUCACCGUAUUAGCAAUGGAUCGUCGAACAGCAGUGGAAGUAGAUAUGUCACUCCGACGCGUUUAUCUGUGGUGGAGACGCGCGAUCCUCCCCCAUCUGGCGGCUCUUCUGCGAGAGGAUUAACCUCCGCCCGAGCUUUACUGGACGCCUCGGCGAACGCGCUCGAAGUCGAAGCCGCGCACUACUACAACGGUGUUUUGCUCUUAUCCGACAGCAGCUCGCACGACGAGUCUAGUAAAUUAUUCUUAGCCACGCGAGACGCGAUGUUGCCCAUGCACUUGCAACUCCCGCCGCCGAUGACGGCGCCGCGCAAUACCGGACCGGCGAGGGGUUUGCGAGAGGUUGUGCAAAAGCCCUCAAUUUUAGAAGGUCGCGUCGCGGCAAACGUAGGUGCUAUCGGUGAGUUGCCGAUGCCCUCUAGAAUUCGACGGGAUUUAGACCCACCGUUUCCAAAGGGCACGCCAGCUUCAGUCGUCGAACAAUUUACCGGCUCAAAGUUACGAAGCGAACUCGUCGAGCAAAGCUUGUUUCGAAGCAAACGCAGGAAGUUUGCGCUCGUGACGAACAGUGGCGUGGUGACGUUUGAGAAAGCGCGACCGAUCGAUACUUUGGCGACGUUGUUGCAAAACAAAGUUCCUGAACACAUCGAAGAGUUCUUCUCGUGUUAUGGACCAGUUGAAGCGGCGAUCAUGUGUUUGACUUUAUCCAUCGCUUCGGCGGUGCAUUUAGGAUUCGCCGAGCCUAUUCCGCCGAGCGUUAGGGAUGCCGCGAGACGGGCGUUCGAGGAUCCGAGAUUCACCGGAGAACCGAGAGUGGAUAGCGAAGAUGCCGACGUGAAUGGUACGAAAGGUGCGAAUGGACAAAAUGACGAUGCCGUGGUAAAAAAUCUGGAACGAUCGUCCGCGGCGUUUAACAUGGGUCGCGCCAUCGUGCAACCGAGUUUGCACUUCUCGUCCGCGCACAAGGCGAUUCAUUUGUACGUUGCGCGAGCGGUUCAAGCGAUCUGGGAGCGACCAUUAGCAAUUGCCAUUCGCGAAUCGCAAACGGCAGAAGCGGCGAACGCGUCCUCUUCCAACAGAUACGGGUACGAUACCUCUCGCUCCCCUUUGCGAUUCGCCUCGGACGCGCUUCGCUCGGCGGCGCGGUUUAUCGGCGACGAUUUAAUUUUACAACUUUCCGUGGAACCGGAGACUUUAGAAACCAUCGAACAGCGGUUGCGACCGAUUGAAAAGUAUUUGCAGACGAGGAAACCGAGAACGUCGAGUCAGUUGACGCCGGCAAAGAGGAGAAAAUUAGCGCUCAACGCUGCGAGGGAGGAAGAGAAUUCGAUGGAUGCGCUCUUAGCGCUCGUUUCGAGAGCUUCGCAGGCUAUUUGUUUGUUGAAGUUAUGUUCAGAAACGGACGAUUUCGAGUCCGUCGCGGCGGCUUUGCCGCACGAAACGCGCGUGACGCUGACACAGGUGCGCGUUUAUACCUUUUUACUUUUUGUUUUUCUCUCCUUUCCGCUCAAAACACACACGCGCGUAAAAAGAAACGAUGAAAGAGGCGCGUUGAUGAUUCAAUCAUAUAAUCUGUCAAUCAGAUGA